AUGUUUCAGCUUUGGAAGUUUGUUCUCUUGUGUGGCCUGCUCACUGGGACCUCAGCGAAUCUUCUUGAGGGACUUGGCAGUAGCCUGAGUAAUAUUGUAGAGAGCCUGAAACCUAUUGUUGAUAAAGGACUUGAGAAUGUUGAAUCUAUUCUUCAGAACCUGAGGGAUGACUUCAGCUCGCUUCAGAAUACCAAUGCUUGGCAAACCGUCACCGGCAAGUUCCAGCAAGCUAAAGAUGUGUUGAAUAAUGCCCUUUCUAAACUAUUUCCAAAUAGGAACGUAGCUGCAGGGUUGAAAAUCAGUAACGUCCGCAUCUUGGCUAUCAAAGCCCAACCAACUUCUGAUGGCCAAGGCGUUCGCCUAAGGAUCCCCACCACUGCUAAUGUCGCCUUGACCCUGCCUCUCAUUGGGCAGACAGUCAACCUGAACGCUUCCUUGGACAUCCUGGCUACCGUCAACAUUGAAACUGAUCCCCAGAGUGGUGAACAAAGCGUGGUCAUGACAGAUUGCGCCAACGACCCAGACAGCAUCUCAUUCACCUUGCUGGGCAAACACAGCGCACUGGUCAACAAGCUCACAGACAAUUUAAGCAGCUUCCUGAGCAAAACCGUGAGCUUCGUGAUGCAGAACCAGAUAUGCCCAAUGAUACGUGUCUUCGUCUCCACCCUGGAUGUGAAGGUUAUUCAGGAUAUCAUCAUUAUUACCCAGGGCCUCAUGAAGCACAAUGCAGAGGGCCGAAUUCAGAACAUCUGCCUUCUGGACAGUCUGAAUAACUCAAAGCAUGUGGCUGCAGGGAUGGUUGCCUGGCUAAUCGGUAGCAUGAGCUCCAUCAGCAGCAAGAAGGCAGACAUCACCAACAUUCAGCUGGACUAUGGCAGGAUCCAGAUGUCUGUCCCUAAGGAAUGGUUCUCAGCAAACAUCUCCCUUGAAUUUGACAUUGACUUGAGAGUCUACCAAUAUAAGGGCCACCACCACCCAGAAGAAUCCCCGGAGACCGUGCAGGAGAACAAGGAUUCGUGA